UGAUAAUUAUUAUUUGUAUUGUGAUUUUGAUAUUUGGAAAUUUGUAUACAUUUUCAUAUUAAAACUAUGAAUAGAUAUAUUAUUAAAUGUAUAAUCGUCAGAAUUCAAUUGUCAUUCAAAUUUUAUUUUUAUUAUGUGUUUCAUGCAUUGAAGGAAAGUGUGUACUUAAUCAUGGCUUCUCAACGACCAUCCCGUCAAUUUUCUUCACAACAUUCCCAAAAUUCUAAUCGUUCAUCAGAACAUUCUUAUCGUUCUCCUCAACAAAGAAAAGAAGCUUUAAGAAAUGUCUACGCCAAUGUCCAAGCUCUUCAGGGCACUGUAAACACUAAGACGUUAGAAAAUUUGGAAAAUAUUGUUAAUGAAGUUGACAUUAUAAACGAGGAAAGCACAAUUGAAGACAAAGUGAAUGAUCAAGGAGUGGUCCUACUAGAUUCAGAAAUCAUGACAAUUUCAUCCAAUGUUUUGCAUAAAUGUACUUGUUCAUUAUCUAAAGACAUAAGUAGAUAUGAUCCAAAUGAGUUUGCUGAAAAAAUUAAACAUUUUUUGCUUCGCCUUUCGGAUACUGUACUUGAAGAAGAACCAACAUGGUCGCUAAUUGGAGCAGAUACGUUCAAAUUCUUUCAUAGAACAUCUGGAUUUUCCAUGAUGCUAGGUACUUUCCAAACUAUUCCUAAGAAAGAAGUUGUAAAACGUACCAGAGUAGUUGCAGAGGCUCAAAAACCUACAAAGAGACCUGAAAAUGUUGUUACAUUAGAUAAAGUUGAAGACAGCGUAGAGCAAACCGUAGUUGAGAUUAAGCGCAUUAUUGGACACUACCAGAAAAGGACUAAACAAGCUAUGGACUUUUUUAAACUAGUAUUACAUCCAACAGAUUUUGGAAAAACAGUUGAGAAUAUUUUACAUGUUUCCUUCCUUGUUCGUGAUGGAUAUGUCAAGUUUUCCAAAGGAGAAGAUGGUCUUUUGUACGUACAAAAAAGUAGCAAGGAUGAGGUUGCUGAAGUUAAAAAUAAUAAAAAGAUGAAAAACAUUCAAAAUGUUCUAUCCAUAACAAUGCAACAAUGGAAGACUUUAGUGGAGGUUUAUGGAAUUGAGACCCCAAUGAUAGAUAUACAAUUAAAUGCAUAAGCAAGCUUUUAUCUCCAUUGGUAUAUGUUCAAUACAUGAGGAGAUUUCCUCAUUUAAUCUGUUACAUUUUUAAAUUUAAACAUGAGUUAUCUUUAAGAUCUUGAGAGUGUAUUUUUCUAUAACGAAUAAAAGUAUUCUUGAUAAUUACGAA